AUGACAGACUUUGAAAACCUGCGCACAGCCUCGCUGUACAUCAACAACCAGCUUCUGUCUCGAGGUCUGCUGCGCGAUGGGCGGAGUAUCGACUUCGCCAGCCCCGGCGACCAUGAUUACGAGCUGCCCGACACGAUGGCUCGCAUCAUGGCUGUCGUCAACGACCUGAUUCUGAGGCGCGAUCGCGACGCCGAGCACCGCGAGUCCCUCUCCACCGCCCUCCGCACCUUGCGCGCAGACUCCCUCCGCCAGUCUGACAACAUCACCCGGCUCCACGAGCGCUACACCGAGGCCCAGCGCAAGGUGAACAUCGCCGAGGCAGAAGAAGCCUCGCUGAAAGCACAGCUGAAGGCUGCCGAGGCCUCCAUCCACAAGCUCAAGGACGAGGCCGCCCGCACCAAGAAGCUCGUCGCCGAGACCCGCGCCGCCUGUGCCAACGAGGUGCGCAAGCGGGACCGCCACAUUGAGAGCCUGAAGAAGGCCGUCACAGACGCGGGCAGGGCGAGGGGUGAGAGGAAGAGCGCUGGCAUCAUGACGAUUCAGGUCACUGGCGAGUUUGGUAGGGACGAUGCCGUGUCGAGCGCCGCCGCAUCGACCAUGGACGAUGGCUAUGACCUGCGACAAGAGACCAACUCUUUUCUUGCGCAGCUGGCCAAGGGCCUGAGCGAGGAGAACGAGACGCUUCUCGCGCUUGUCCACAAGACGAAUUCCAGCCUGAAGCACAUGAGUGGGUGGGACAAGAGCGACGACGACGGUGUUAAAGGUGGUGCGGCCACAACAAAGGGCGACGGUCAUGCCAUCGCGCUACCUGGGAAUGCCGAGGACCUUGCGACGGACAUGGACAGCGUUCUGGGUCACCUGCGCACCAUGCUCACGAACCCAUCCUUUGUGCCCCUGGAAGAGGUUGUCGUUCGCGAAGAAGAGAUCUUUCGCCUGCGCGACGGCUGGGAGAAGAUGGAAACCAGGUGGCGCGAGGCAGUACAUCUUAUCGAUAGCUGGCGCCGGAGGAUGGCCGCGGAUGGUCGCCCCGUCGAUAUGGAGGAGUUGAAGAUGGGACUACGGCUGAGUCCCAUACGGUUGCGGAACGUGCAGGACACGGCGCAGGCCGAGGCUUUCAAGCUGCCCACCCUGCGGGAGGAAGAGGACGAAGAGGAGGACAAAGAAGAGGAGGCAGAAGAGGAGGCAGAAGAG